GUUGGUGUACCUUAUGGGUUUGAUUUUCACAUUAAGGGGCGAUUUCCCGGACAGGGCUUACCCUAGUACCAGACUAAAAUGCAUAUUUGAUUUUAGUUUAAAAACAGCUUGCACUGAGAUAGUCACAGUGCCACUGACAUAUCUUGACAUAUAUUAGUGAUUUUUUUUUCUCAAGAUGCACACCAGUAAUGUUUUUUUUUUUUUGUAAGGUUUGUUUGUAAAAACUACUUAAAUGUCCUAAUAUAACCGGAUUAAUCUAAACACUGUCUGAGAAACCGCCCCAUCCCUGCUGAAAAAAACAAUAAAACCAUUAUUCCCAUUUUAUUGGUUCUAAUGGAAUAUGGCCCAAAACACACUACAGUGUAGUGGUUUUAAUGGUAAAAGCCAAUGGUUCCUAUUAGUAUUUUAAUGGAAACCAUUAAAAUUUCUGUAAUGGGUUUUUUUUUUUUUUUCAGCAGGGAUAUGUUUGUUCAUUGCACUAAUUUGUGGGCUGUAUGGUUAAAUUCAUAGGAUGUAAAGAGAAUAGCCUUUAGUUUAUUUUUUAUCUAUGUCCAUCUGAAAAGUACUUAAGGUAAAAAAACGUAUAAAAUCACUGCUUAAAAAUGAAGUAUAGGAAAACAAUACACGUAUAUUAAAUAAACACGUUUAUAAAGAAUACAAAAUAGGUAAUAAAAUUUACUUUUCGUCAUAUUUAAGUUUGUCUUUGAGUUAUUGUUGAGAUUUUUUCUAUUCAUGUUUGUAUUUAUAUUUCAUUUUGCAAAUAAGUAAAAUAUGCUCAGGUUUAACAUCGCGUUACUGCGUCUACGCAUAUCUAGUGACGUCACAGGAGGCGGGAACAUAGGGCGGGAAGACACGAAAUGUCAACAACUGAUGCGCUUCCAGCAGAAAAACCGACUGAAAUGCUGUCAUCCAAGUCAUCGAUCAGCACUGGAUUCACUCAUUGAAAAUGGCACAGUUUGGAUUUUGUGCACUGCUCCUAUUUUAUUUUCUGUUCUGUGGACUGAUUCAUCACAUCAAAAGCCACAAUCAAAAGGAGAGCAAGACUGCUGAAAAAGGCCAACCUAAUUUCAUCAUUAUCUUAGCUGAUGAUAUUGGAUGGGGCGACCUGUGGGUAAAAAGGCCUGACAACUCCACACCCACACCCUGGCUGGACUCAUUAAUGCUGAUGGGCAAAAGGUUCACAGACUUCCACUCCCCUGCCUCCACAUGCUCACCAUCACGUGCUGCGCUCCUUACAGGCCGGCACGGUCUACGAAAUGGGGUCACUCACAAUUUUGCAGUGGGGUCCGUUGGAGGACUUCCACUCACUGAGACCACGUUUGCUCAGGUCCUGCACGAUGCAGGAUAUUAUACAGCCAUGAUCGGAAAAUGGCACCUUGGUCACAAUGGUUCCUAUAAUCCGGUUCAUAGAGGUUUUGACUAUUACUUCGGUAUUCCUUAUAGCAAUGAUAUGGGCUGCACUGACAAACCAGGCCUUGACCUUCCCAGCUGCCCUCCUUGCAUGCGCCAUCAUGAUACAUCUAGAAAGCACGACCAGUGCUACUCUAAAGUGGCAUUACCUCUAUUUGAAAAUGAGACGAUAGUUGAACAACCCUUGGACACAUGGAGCCUUAAAGACCGAUAUGCUGCGGCGGCAGUCACGCAGAUAAAGACAGCAAGUGUUUAUCGGAAACAACCAUUCCUACUGUAUGUGGCUCUGGCUCACAUGCAUGUCCCACUGUUUCAUAAUGCCUUCCUCAACGUUACUACGCAAGACCCCUAUACAGCCAGCCUCAGUGACAUGGACUCUCUGGUGGGCACAAUCAUGCAGGCUGUCAGCGAUGAGCUGUUGGAAAACACACUCAUAUGGUUCACUGGUGACAAUGGCCCAUGGGAACAGAAAUGCCAGUUUGCAGGGAACGUUGGGCCUUUUGUUGGAAGAUGGCAGACAAGCAGAGGUGGUGGAUCAGCUAAGAGAACCACAUGGGAAGGAGGUCACAGAGUUCCCACAGUGGUUGCAUGGCCUAAGAAGAUCAAACCCAACACCACCUGCAGAGCCCUGCUGAGUGGUCUGGAUAUCUUUCCAACCAUCCUGUCCUUGGCCGGUGUAAGACCACCGUCAGAUCGACGUUAUGAUGGCAUUGAUAUAACAGACAUUCUGCUUAAUGACUCUGACACAGGACAUAAGAGCCUCAUGCAUCCAAACAGUGGGGCUGCAGGACAGUUUGGAGACCUACAAACUGUCAGGCUAAAACAUCACAAGGCUUUUUACCUUACAGGUGGAUCAGAGGCAUGCGGCGGAGGAAGUGGACAACAGCAGUAUCACAACCCCCCUUUGAUAUUUGACCUUUCACAGGACGAGGCAGAAGAGUCACCUAUGAUCCCCGAGAGUGAGGAAUACAGGUCUAUCUUACGGGAUGUGGAGAGAGAAAGAGAGACUCUGUUGUGGGACAUCGCCACAGAUAAGGUAUCGACUGCCGACUACACCACGGUUCCUGCCGCCGUCCCCUGCUGCCAGCCACGCAACCCGGCCUGUCGAUGUCACAGUCUGAAAUGAGGGUUCCCACACCUUAGCUAACUUCAAAUUCAAGGACUUUCCAAGGACUUUCCAGGUCCGAUACCCUCAAAUUCAAGGACUAAAUGUGGGGACACAUUUCAAGUGAGAGCAAGGUUACAUCGUGUUACCUUUUAAAAUACAUUGUUACAGUUCCCAUUCAAGGGAACUCACGCUGCAUCACUGCGGUGACACUUUGGGGACGCCUCCAGGGAUAAGUGCGUCUGAAUGUGUAUAUCAAAUUUAACCAAUGGUGAGGCUUUACGACAAAGACAGGGUGACGUGGGAGCCAGGAAGUAUAUUGAUAUCUGAAAUAUUGCCAAAGACAGUGUUACAGGGACGCAGGAAGUAUGGCAAGGGAGACGCAGCGUCUCAUUCCCUUCUCAGGGAACGACAGUUACAUACGUAACCCGAGACGAUUUCAUGUGUCAAACACAACUAUGCAAAAAAACAACAUUUUGUUAUGAAUCAACAUUCACAUACAGAAGAUAUAAGCAUUUAAAGCAAACAGUUUAGCACGUGUGCUUAAAAAGUCUAGAGUUUUAUGACAU